UAUUUGCCGUACUGGCCAAAGAUCGACUGACUGGCGGUUCAAUAGGUCUAAGCCUGUCGUUGGCCAUCGGAAUGAUACCGUCGUUAGACAGUUUGAUCAAAGCGUUUAUUUUGGUUGAAAACAGUAUCGUUUCAGUGGAACGGGUGGAUGAAUAUACACGACUAGAAUCUGAGGCCGACUGGCACUCGACCGCUAUUGACCUGCCGGCCAAUUGGCCGUCAAACGGUUCGGUAAGGUUUGAAGGCUAUGGUACCCGAUAUCGUCCCGGAUUGGAUCUGGUGUUACGCGGUAUUGAUAUAUGCAUUAAACCCAAGGAAAAGAUAGGUAUUGUUGGCCGAACCGGUGCUGGAAAGUCAUCGCUAACAUUGGCACUGUUCCGGAUCAUUGAGCCGGCAAUGGGCAACAUUAUCAUCGACGACAUCGACAUCAGCCGAUUGGGUCUCCAAGAGUUACGGUCGCGGUUGACAAUCAUACCGCAGGAACCGAUACUCUAUUCGGGUACUAUUCGGUCAAAUUUGGAUCCCUUUGGCAUUCAUACCGAUUCGGAUUUGUGGUCAGUAUUAGAACAGUCACAUCUCAAACAGUUUGUCCAGUCGUUGGACAAUCAAUUGGAUUCACCGGUUGCCGAAUCGGGCGAUAAUCUAAGUGUCGGUCAGCGACAACUUGUUUGUCUGGCCCGAGCACUGCUUCGUCAUACAUCUGUACUGAUCCUCGACGAGGCCACGGCUGCCAUCGAUAUCGAAACCGAUGCACUUAUUCAGCAAACUAUUCGCCAGGAAUUCAGUUCGUGUACUGUACUGACAAUUGCCCACCGAAUCAAUACGAUUAUGGACUCGGAUCGGGUGCUAGUGUUCAACAAUGGACGGGUAGCCGAGUUUGACGAACCCGACGUUUUGUUGGCCAACAAGUCAACCAUUUUCUAUACACUGGCCAGAGAUGCCGGAAUUAUUUAA